AGUCAGAUGUAGAGUGUCAUCUAGUGCACUUCAGAGCUCGAGGAUGAUGGAGGACUACCCGCAGUUCCUGCUGUUCUUCAUUCUGGCGUCGGUGGUCGGGAUUGUGUCGAUCGCGGUCGCUUUAUCCUGGGUUUUACACUACAGAGAAGGGCUCGGAUGGGACGGAGGAGCGGCUGAGUUUAACUGGCACCCGCUGUUGAUGGUUAUAGGCUUUAUUUUUCUUCAAGGAAUCGCAAUUGUAGUGUACAGACUGCCAUGGACCUGGAGGUGCAGCAAGCAGAUGAUGAAGUUGAUCCACGCAGGGCUGCAUAUUCUCGCCUUCAUCUUGGCUGUGAUUUCUGUGGUGGCUGUGUUUGAUUUCCACAAUGCCAAAAACAUUCCCAACAUGUACAGUCUUCACAGCUGGGUUGGUCUGGCUGCUGUCGUACUGUAUCCAUCACAGAUAGUGUUGGGGAUCGCUGUGUAUCUGAUACCCGUCACCCCAGUGCGUGUGCGUGCAGCUCUUAUGCCUUUGCACAUCUACAGCGGCCUCUUCAUCUUCAUCAGUGUCAUCGCCGCAGCUCUCAUGGGCAUCACUGAGAAACUCAUAUUUAGCCUGAAAAGUCCUGCUUAUAAAGACUCUCCUCCUGAAGCCGUGUUGGUGAAUGUUCUCGGGCUGCUUAUUGCUGCAUUCGGUGCACUUGUUGUCUGGAUUGCUACUCGCUCCGCUUGGAAGAGGCCAAGAGAGGAAACGGCGCAAACGUUGUCCAAUAACACCACAAGCCCAGAGGAGAUCAAAGUGGGCACUGAUAUGACCACAACAAGCUGAAUCCAACUUCGAGAUAAGCAGAUGUAUUGGAAAGCAGAAGAGUCUGCGGUGUAAAGUUUGUUGAUGCCAGUUAAAGGGUUAUUUCACUCAAAAA